GUUGCACUUGUCAAAGCGGCUUCACAUAGCCAGCUGGGUUUUUUUUUUUAAGAUUCACCGUUUAUUUUUGCAUUCCUAAGUUUGAAUACAUUUCGCUCUGUGUCGCUCCGUCGCUCGUGCUGUCUGUGUUGUGUCGGACACGCGGCUGGGAAUGGGAUUUGCUUUAACGUAGCCUAACUUGACGGCGACAGCAGUUGUUGGACCCGGCGUUUUCGGCGCCUCCUCGCAGCGGAUUUACAAAGCCUCUCCGGAGCCUGCGAUGAUAUUCAGCACCUUGGACAGAGACUAACCUCUUCAGCACCCUGGACAGAGUCUAACCGCACACUGGAGGCUGUGGAGAGGCUGGCACGUGGCGAGAGGAGGGGGGAAGGAUGGAUCUUCAGCCCAGUGUAAGAGCCUCCCCCCGGGGAAGCCGGCGUCGGACGCAAGGCCUCAUGGGCCGUUGACCUGCUGUCUCUGUGAUUUAUGGCGGCUGGGGGCCUCUGGCCACUGCAGACUCCUCUCCUCUCUCUCCUCCGUUUCCCUUCACACACACUGCAGGACUGCGAGGAACCACACACACUGCACCACCAUCUGCAGGAGUAUCCAAAGAGGAAUUCCUCGCACAUGCUGAGCUGCAGCACGGGUGCGCGCACGCAUACAUCCACAUGCUGGAUCACCGCUUUGCACAGUGUCUCAUAUAAAAAUAAACACCUCCAUAAACAUUUCUGCACUGCAGCACUGUGUCCCGCAAUCCCAUCACAUGUCUAUUAGACUGAGCUUGCUCUCAGAGUAUUCUCCAUUUGACUGUUUGUGGAUUACAUUCAGUCAUGGUGUGUCAGCUGAGCCCUCAGUGUAGCUGCUGCUCAGGGGCAGAGCCAAAUCAAUGGAGGUCCGCUGAGUAACGAGGUGAUGUUCCUGUUUUCACAUGGUCUGAGAGCAAUCAGCAGCCAGCAUCUCUGCGCUGACUCCACAGACUGCUCUGCUUCUACGUUGCAAUAACGUCCUCCUCAAUGGACUAUUAGUGCAGUGACUUACAGCGUUAUUUUAAUGUUGGACACACUGUAGCUGGACAUUUGCUCCUGUGCACACCAGAGCUGUCACGACACCUUAAACAGUUUUAUUCUCCAACCUUAAAGGUUUGGAGCAGACACAGUACCGUGUGUACCUUCUGGAAUUUAUUUUAUAUUGAAAGCCGUGGACUGAGAGUGAGAGCCAGCAGGUGCCCUCGCCAUGGUGUUGCCGCCUCCAGACAAACGCCACGUGUGCCUGACCACUAUUGUCAUCAUGACCAGCAUGGCCUUCAUGGACGCCUACCUGGUGGAGCAGAACCAGGGUCCCAGGAAGAUCGGUGUGUGUAUCAUAGUGCUGGUAGGGGAUGUAUGCUUCCUCAUAGUGCUGCGAUAUGUGGCAGUGUGGGUCGGCGCCGAGGUGCGCACCGCCCGACGAGGAUACGCCAUGAUCCUCUGGUUUCUGUACAUCUUUGUGCUGGAGAUCAAGCUCUACUUUGUCUUUCAGAAUUGCAAAGCUGACAGGAAGAGUCUGGAGACGGUGGCCCGGAAGGCUUUGACGUUAUUAUUAUCUGUGUGUGUGCCAGGUUUAUACUUGGUUCUAGUGGCUUUGGAUAGUAUGGAAUAUGUGAGAACUUUCCGGAAGAAGGAGGACAUGAGGAGCCGUCUGUUCUGGGUAGCUCUGGACCUACUGGACCUGCUGGAUAUCCAGGCCAACUUGUGGGAGCCCCAGCGGACAGGCCUGCCCAUCUGGGCCGAGGGCCUGAUGUUCUUCUACUGCUACAUCCUGCUGCUCAUUCUGCCCUGCGUGUCGCUCAGUGAAAUCAGCAUGCAGGGGGAGCACAUGUCGCCCCAGAAGAUGAUGCUGUACCCAGUCCUGAGCCUGGUCACCAUAAACGUGGUCACCAUCCUCAUACGAGGUGUAAACAUGGUGUUGUUUCAGGACAGCCGUGUUUCCACCAUCUUUGUCGGCAAGAAUGUUGUGGCUAUUGCUACCAAGGCGUCCACCUUCCUGGAGUACCGCAGGCAGGUGAAGGAGUUCCCACAUCCGCAAAACGCCAUGGCGCUAGAGCUGCAACAGAACUCUGUCAGCCACACUCAGCCGCUGCCCAAUGCCACCAGUUUGCCCCAUGAACCUUCACCAGCGCAAGACGCCAUUGACACAUGACCGCCAGCGCUGGACUCAGCACCAUUAGAAACUGACUGCUUUUUAUGAAAGCUGCUGGAGUGGAGGUAGAUAGAGAAAUCAACUGCAUGACAGGAUGAUAUUCUGCUCUUGUCAAGCUCACAUGAACUGCUGUGAAACCAUAAAAGAGAUUUUCAGCAUCACCUGCCUGUCAGAACAUACUGUAAACCUUCACUUGACUCUGAGUGCAGUGUGCAGACUUUAAAGUCAAAACAAAGGUUUUUAUCGUGCUAUUGUGUUUUUAAUUGUUAAAGAUGUUUUAAAGGUUUAAACUGUAAUAAGAGACAAUCUCCGUACUCUGCAGCCCAGUGACAUUAUGUUGUGUAAAAUGGACAGUUGGUCCCCCCUCAGUGAGUAUCUUAUAUAUUUUAAAAGGUCACUUUUUUCGACAGUGCAUCCGUGGCAUUUCCUUUGAAUUCCAGCACCAAAGGACAUCCCACUCAGCGUGAUGCGCUUCUGACGGAGAGGAGGAGCAGAGAAUGACAAGGGUCAGUCAUGAGGGGCUAUCUGUGCUGUGCUAGAGCGAGGUUGGCGGCAGACGAAUGCUUUUGGUUCUGUUUGUCUUCUGCUGAGAAAGAGGCUGUCGGGAAGCUGCUGCCUCGGUCAGUGUUACGCUUUACGACCAAAGGUCUGAUUAAAGCACCGGAGCUCAGCACUAUAUACCAUCCACUGCAGGCAUCCAAGCGUGUGUUUUACUGUGUGUGUGUGUGUGUGUGUGUGUGUGUGUGUGUGCGUGUGUGUGCAUGUGUAUGUGCACGCACACUAGUAUAUAGAGAACGUAUGCCUGCAUCCAAAAGUGUGCGCGUUCGUCACAGGAGGUUUAGGUUAUUUCAGAUUGUUUUGGAACAGAUGCCGGUGGUUGAUGUGUGUGAUGAAUUGCAAAUGAGACAUAUUAUGUAGUGAUGUCAGGAAAAAAAACAAGAUGGGAAGAAGAUGCUUUUUGUUUCCUGUACUGUACAUUCCUCUAAAACUAGCUCAAGCCUUGAAGUCAGAGAAUGCAGAGAUCAGAGUCCAGAGAACGCCUCAUUGAAGAAUUGACAAAAGAAAAAACAUAAAUACAAUAAUAUACAAACAGAAAAUACUUUUUUUCGGA